AUGGUAUCUCUACAGAUUCAAGACCUUGGUCUUCGUCAAGCCUACCUUAGUGACAACGACACUCACAGAUAUCUGAAGAAAUUGACGUCAUUGCCUUUUCUUCCCCAUCAACACAUUCCAGCUGUGUUUGAUGGGUUGAAGGCAGAAGCAUCAACUGACCAGCUGACAACUUUAGUCGAAUACCUGGAAGCGACCUGGAUCCUGGAUGCAACAUGGACACCAGACAGCUGGAGUGUAUACUUUCAGAGUAUACGCACCAACAACGACGUUGAAGGAUGGCAUUUCAGACUUAACAACCGAGGUCGUCCCCAAGUCCAGCUCUACCUGCUUGUGUCCCUGCUGCACCAAGAAGCCAUCCACAUCAGCAACCAGGUUCGACUGGUGUCAGAUAGAAAGUUGAAGCGGAUGCAGAAGAAGAAGUACUGCGACAUGCAGGCUAAGACAUUCAAGUAUUGGGAGGAGUACGAAUGUGGUGAGAGAAGUGCAGCCAGACUUCUCUGUGCUUGCUCCCGCUUGGUGUCUCCGGUAUAA